UCUUUAAGAACCCUCCACACACCUAUCGACUGAUGUGUGACGUACUGAUCUGAACUAUUGUACUUAAUCGACCUCUUGCUGUAUUCUGUGGUGUUAACAGAGGUCAAUGCGUCCACUAAGUUUUCGCUAACUUUUAUCACUCACUGGUGAAAAUAAGUGAUCGUUUUUUUUUCUUAAAUCGCUACGUAAGGCAAAUGUAGACCGUUCGUUUGCCGAUUUAAAAUAGAGCGCGAGAUCACAUGCGCGAGUUGGGGAAAGUUUGGCGACACAUAACGUUACAUAUGCUUUCGAUUAGGACUUCAAAACUCCCAUUCAGAACGGUGAUGUGAGCACAUUAAAUCGGCUUUCUUAACGGAUUAAAAACAUCUCCCGGUGGUCUGGCGUUCAAGUUUAUGAAGGAAUGAAACUCAAAGGUCUGCGGAGCAAAGUUGAAAACGGGAUCAUUUGACUCAAGUGUGGAUGAUCACACACAGCCAUGGUGACUAUAGCAUCUUUGCGGAUAUCUGAAUGAAGUCAUUGUGCAAUGGGGACUCAGAGAAACGGCUUCAGCAAACGAGAGACGUUCAUUCUCUCUGUUGAUGUGGGAACAACCUCCAUCAGGUGCCAUGUGUACGAUAAGAGCGCCAGGAUCAGGGGCUCCUGCUCCACGAAGGUGUCCCUGCUUUAUCCUCAGCCUGGAUGGGUGGAGAUCGACCCCGAGGAUCUGUGGAAAGGGUUUGUGACUGUAGUCAAAGGAGCAGUUCAAGAUUCAGGCUUACAGAUGUGCCAAAUGGAAAGUCUUGGCAUCUCAACCCAGAGGGCAACGUUCAUCACAUGGGACAGAAACACGGGAGAACCGUUUCAUAAUUUCAUCACGUGGCAGGACUUGAGGGCAGCCGAGUUGGUGAGAUCGUGGAACAGGUCAUGCACUAUGAAGACGGUACACGGAGUGAUGAAGAUGCUGCACUUCCUCACCAGACAGAAGCGGUUCCUUGCAGCCAGCCUGGUAGUUUUUACCACCCAGCAUGUGUCACUGCGUCUCGUCUGGGCCUUGAACAAUAUCCCCCAGUUGCGGCAGGCAGUCGAAGACGACUCCUGUUAUUUUGGGACCAUAGACACCUGGCUGCUGUACAAACUGACUAAAGGACUGGUUCAUGCUACUGAUUACUCUAAUGCCAGCGCAACAGCAAUAUUUGAUUCCUAUCAGAUGUGCUGGAGUGGAUUUCUUUGCUCACUCCUCUCUAUACCUCUGUCCAUCCUCCCCAGUGUGCAGAACACCAGUCAUAAAUUUGCCACAUGUGAUCCUUCCAUAUUCGGGGUGCCCAUUCCAGUCAUGUCUGUUAUGGCAGACCAACAAGCAGCCAUGUUUGGAGAAUGCUGUUUUGACAUUGGUGAUGUGAAAAUUACUAUGGGCACAGGGACCUUCAUGGACAUCAAUACAGGAAACAAACCACACACUUCUGUAGCUGGCCUUUAUCCCCUGGUGGGUUGGAAGAUCGGUGCUGAUAUUGUGUAUCUGGCUGAAGGUAAUGCUGCUGGAACAGGUGCAGCCAUUAAAUGGGCCCAAGAUCUAGAGCUCUUUUCUGAUGUGAAGGAGACCGAGGCUAUAGCCACUAGUGUGGAAGACGCAGACGGCGUGUAUUUUGUGCCUUCUUUCAGUGGCUUACAGGCCCCUCUGAAUGAUCCUAAAGCUUGUGCCUCUUUCAUGGGCUUAAAGCCUUCCACAAACAAGAGACAUCUUGUUCGAGCCAUUCUGGAGUCCAUAGCAUUCAGGAACAAGCAGCUCUUUGAUAUCAUGCUUCGAGAAACCCGUAUUCCUAUCACUAAAAUCAGGGCAGAUGGAGGUGUUUGCACCAAUAAUUUCAUCAUGCAACUCACAGCUGAUCUGUUGGGGCGCAAGAUAGAACGUCCGAGUCACUUUGACAUGUCCUGCCUUGGAGCCGCUUUUGUUGCAGGACUAGGAACAGGCUACUGGAGGAACCAAGAAGAGCUGAAGAAGCUUUUGACCACUGACCAACAUUUCCUUCCCCGAAGGAGUAAAGCAGAUUGGGACAAGGGCGGCCCAUACAGAGGUGCACUGCAGAGCUGGGAGAGGGCUCUUCAGCGCUCCAUGCACUGGUACAGCCAGCCCUGAUUUACCAGAAUACAGGUCUCUCCUGUAAACUCCAUGCUCGUGUCAACGGGUUUAUGGGCAGUACUCUCUGUAAUGGAAAAAAACACUUGAACAGUAUGAUGCAAUUUCCAAUCUGAAUUGGGAACCUGCAUAUCAAAGGUUAGUUACAGUUUUGCCAAAUCACGGGGGAUUUUACAGAUUUACAGCUUGUUUGUGUAAAUACAAAUCACCCAGUUGUGGAUCCAGUGAUAUGAUGAUGAUGAUGAUGAUGAUGAUGAUGAUGAUGAUGAUGAUGAAGAGGUAGGCUGCAGCACAAUUCCUACUUGUAGUAUUAUGAUUUUGCCAAUCAAUCUUUUAGUCAUUAGGCACUAAAAACCUAUCAGUGCUUUAAUCAGACUACCGGUUUUUGUUGUUGUUGUUUUUUUUUUUAAUAUGAACACACAUUUAUUUAACUGGCUAUGUGUUAACAGUGCAUCCAUGUUCGUGUAUAGUAAUUUAUACAAACAUUCAUUAAUUCUGUUGUAAUUUAGACAUGUAAUUUUUGUAAAUUUUUUCUAAUUGCAUAUAUAGUCUUGGCAUUGUGUAGUUUUUUUUUUUUUUUUUUUUUCAAAUGUACCUCAUAAUACAAAACGAAGGCUGCAAACAUGGAAAACUUGUUACCUGAGGGACUAUAUUUCCUAAUGUUUUUUUUUUUCUUCAGCUUUAAGCAUCCAACCGGUUAUACUGGUUUAUAUACAAACUGUAGCAGUGUCACAGAUUGUCAUGUUAUACUAUCAACAGUGGCCAAUGAUAGCAUACAUUCAACUGUAGUAGAAACGAGUACCUGUGAAACAUCCGAGGCUUUUAUCAGAAUCUUAAAGAGAGAAUAGACAGGGAAGAUUUGUAAAGAUAAAUGUAUUAAUAGAUUGUCAAAGAACUAGUUGUGCCAUGUUUGUGUCAGUAUGUGUAAUUAGUUGUUUUAAUAAAUUUUCAUGAUCCCAUUUCAGU